AUGUUGUCCCGCUGCGCUCGACAACUGGCCGCCCCAGUAAUCAAGGGAGUUUUCCACCCUGUCCGCUGCACCAGCUCUAUUGCACACACCAUCAAGGUUGCUGAGAAGAUCGAGAAUACCCGUGAGCAAGCACUUCUUGGUGGAGGAAAGAAACGAAUCGAUGCUCAGCACAACAGAGGAAAACUCACCGCUCGCGAGCGUAUUGAUCUUCUUCUCGACAAGGGAUCGUUCCGUGAAUAUGACAUGUUCGCUGAGCAUACUUGCACCGACUUUGGAAUGCAGAAAGAGAAGUACCCAGGAGAUUCGGUUGUAACUGGACGCGGACAAAUCAACGGAAGAACUGUGUUUGUCUUCUCUCAAGACUUCACCGUGUUCGGAGGAUCCCUUUCGUCUAUUCAUGCCAAGAAGAUCGUCAAGAUCAUGAAGGACGCCCUGCUUGUUGGAGCUCCGGUUAUUGGCCUCAACGACUCCGGUGGUGCCCGUAUUCAGGAAGGAGUUGAAUCACUGGCUGGUUAUGCCGACAUUUUCCAGGCCAAUGUGAUGUCUUCUGGAGUUGUUCCACAAAUUUCACUUAUCAUGGGUCCAUGCGCCGGAGGAGCUGUUUACUCUCCAGCCUUGACUGACUUCACCUUCAUGGUUAGAGACACCAGCUAUCUCUUCAUCACUGGACCUGAUGUCGUGAAAGCCGUUACCAACGAGGAGGUCACUCAGGAGGAACUUGGAGGAGCUAAAACUCACACUGUCACCUCUGGAGUUGCUCAUGGAGCUUUUGACAACGAUGUAGACGCUCUCAUGAAUAUUCGUGAGCUCUUCAACUACUUGCCGUUGUCGAACAAAGACCCGUCGCCAAUCCGCUCGGCUGAUGAUCCAUGGGAUCGUCUUGUUCCAUCAUUGGACACUGUCGUUCCACUUGAAAGCACAGCUGCCUACAACAUGAAGGAUGUUGUCAACGCUCUUGUUGAUGAGGGAGACUUUUUCGAGAUCAUGCCCGACUAUGCCAAGAACUUGAUCAUCGGAUUUGCGCGCAUGAAUGGACGCACCGUGGGAAUCGUGGGAAACAACCCAAAGUUUGCCGCUGGAUGUUUGGACAUCAACUCAUCCGUCAAGGGAGCUCGCUUUGUCCGCUUCUGCGACGCCUUCAACAUUCCUCUCAUCACUCUUGUUGACGUUCCCGGAUUUUUGCCAGGAACCGCUCAGGAAUAUGGAGGUAUUAUUCGCCACGGAGCGAAACUUCUCUAUGCAUUUGCUGAGGCUACCGUUCCGAAGAUUACUGUCAUUACUCGUAAGGCGUUCGGUGGAGCUUACGACGUCAUGUCAUCGAAGCACCUUCGCGGAGAUAUCAACUACGCUUGGCCAACUGCUGAGGUUGCCGUCAUGGGAGCCAAAGGAGCCGUCUCAAUUUUGUUCCGCAAUGACAAGGAGCACGCUGCCCAGCAUGAAGAGGAAUACACUGAGCUCUUCAGCAAUCCGUUCCCAGCAGCUGUCAGAGGAUUCGUUGAUGACAUCAUUGUUCCGUCGGAGACCAGAAAGAAGAUCUGCGAAGAUUUGAACAUGCUUGAGAGCAAGCAACUCAAGAACCCAUGGAAGAAGCACGGAAACAUUCCACUCUAA